UUUGUGACAAGGCUUCCUACAAAAAAACGCAUCAAAUGUAUGAACUAAAAAUUUCAAAGGAAUUUGAUCGUGUGAACUGAGCUUUUAAAUGUGUCCAUGGUGUGUUUUCUCAGUUUGUAACACGUGUAUCUUUCUAAUCUGUGACACGAGUGUUUCCAUAGUGUGACACACGUGUCAUUUUCUCGGUGUGUCGCCGGUGUGUUCAUCCUAAUGUUUCACGCGUGUGGUUUCUUUAAAAAAAAAAAUGUGAUUCUACCAAACCUGAUGCAUUGGAGUGUUUGUUUCCCCAUUACAGUUAUAGAAAGAGCCACAAAUAAUCUCAUUUAUGUUGGUGUUGUAUAAGUACAUGUUCCUUCAAAAACGUAAAUGACCACGCCAUCUAUAUACGAACUGCGUGCAAGGCCUUGAGUUAAAACAACUUUAUUAUUUUUAUUUUUUUAGAGGAUGUAGGUAUUGCACAAUUUAAAAAAGAGAGAGAAAGAGAACUAAAGUUAUUGGUAAUGACAUUAGGGUAACAUGGAAGUUGUGUGACGUUGCAAACCUGCCUUGGUGGGCUGCCGUGUGACGUGUGUCAUCAAAGUGUUAAGAAGAACACAUCAAUUUUAUUCGAGUGUCCGGUUGGGUUUCUUUUAAUGUUUGCGGUGUGUCCUCUACGCAGUACUUCGUCAAAUGUUUCUUAGUCGAUGAUCGUAGUGCGAACGACAUGAAUGUCCCAGGGACAUUUCACGCCAUUUUGAUUGGCUUCUGCUUGGUGUUAGUGGCGCCACCUGGAAUAUUUCCCGCCAAAGACCCCACGGAUAAGGACGCGGAAUAUGUCGACAAUAAUGCUGUGAGCUCCUCAAAAAGCAACACGAAAUCAACCACACCCUGCCCUAGAUGGAAAUCAAGUAGUAAGUUGUUGUUUUUUUCGGGGGGUGGUCGAGGCAGGACUGCCAACUCGGUGAAAUAAAAUUUACUGUUUCUCUUGUUAAGUCUUUUUUCCGAUUGUAUAGGACGAUCGUCACUGCGUCAAUUAUUUUUGGGUACAGUUGGCUUUUUUUUUUAUUUAUUUAACGCAUAAGUCAGUAGAAGACAGUUUGCGUGGGCUUAAACAUUGAAAUCCACCCCAAACGUUGAACUUUGAAGGUUAUCUCUAGAAAGAGAGAGAAAAUUGUGAAUAUAGAAAUUCAUGCAUAAAAAAACAAGGAAAAAAAUAAUGUUAAUAUUAAUCACAAGGCAAUGGUCUAAAUAAAAUUUUAAGGUGCAACAGGAGAGGAAAAAAAGGUUGAGAAACACUGACCUACGCUAUCUUGUUACACGAAACAAAAGAAAAGAAAACAAACAGGUCUAUCAUUUGAGGAAAAUGUAAGACUCGCCGACGCUAGACAGGUAACACUAACUGGUUAUGUAUGCAAACAACACUCAGGAAUACUUUUAUAAUUUAUAAUUAACAUAGUAAAUUAAACUUAAACAACAUUAAACGUAUACAACAUUAAACUUAUUCAACAUUAAAAUUAUACAACAUUAAACUUAUACAACAUUAAACUUAUACAACAUUAAGCUUAUAGACUCUUCUCACAAAAGAUCAGUGCAGUAUUCCGAUUACUCCAACAUCAAAGGAUAUUUUCCUAAACUUUAGAGAAUGCUUCGGAGAUAACACAACGACAAUCUCACCAGAUCUAACCCCUUUUAAAAAAAAAAACGCCAGCACCUGUUUUGUGGUGGGAGAUUCUCGCCAGACAUCUUAUUAUUCGAAAAAACCAGAAAUAAGAAAAAGAAGAAUGCAUAGAUGAAAGGCAAUAAAAUACAUUAGUAGAGUAUCGAUAUUCCGAUGUCAUUGGGUCCGGUUAUGCUUCGGAUAACAUAUUUUCCGGAUAACCGAACACUGCUACGGAAUGAGUGCGUUAAAUAAAUAGGUAUUCUUGCCUAAUAGUUUAUACACGUAGCGUGCUUUUAUUAUACAAUGCAGUCAUUAUUACGGCAUGGUGUCUAAAAACCGAUUAGGACUGGGAGAUUUUUGUCUGUGAAAAGAAAACGUUUUAAAAGAUAGAUGACUUGCGCUUGAAAUAAAUAAACGAGUUCACAUUAAAAUUUGCUUUACAGGUGUAACUCUGCAAUAUUAAUUAAUAAAUAAGCUUUUAUAGUUCACGAAAUGAAAAUGCGCAGCAUGCUUCUAGAUUUCACGCACGUCCGUAUUGUGUGAAAUGAGUCGGAGUUUUGUCCGGUUGUUUGUUCAAUGCCAAUGCUCCAAUGCCAUGCGCAUUGCUGACGGUGGUGUCUCUUCUUUUUUAAACAUGGGUGGUUGGGAUAACCGAAGUUUCGUUGUAACAGGCGUUCGGAAAAUCGACGCUCUACUGUAAUCAGAAUUAUUAUCAAAUUCUGAUUUUUAUAUAAACUUUUUUGAAAAACAUGUUUAACACUUCAUAGGAAACCUUCAUGUACGUGAAAGGUAUUCAUUUAUUGAGCGGUGCGCAACUCCAACUAAAUGGACCAAUGUCAUCAUGUUUAAUUAACACCGGUACAUAUACUUAUGAUUUCAACAAAAAAAAAAAAAUGAUGUUUCUAGAAAUAUAAUGUGUUGUUUUUUUUCUCAACAAAAAAAAAAAAAAAAAGAAUAAUUUGUAAUUUUGAUUUGAUUUUUUUGUGCCAUGGCCAGAUACCGGUACAGUGAUGACGUCAUUCAUGUGAAACUAAAACAUUUGAAACGUGUGUUGUUUGUGUCUUUCUCUCUAAUCAGAUGGCUGUGGCCGAACUCCUGCACGGACCAAGCCCCCACCUACCACCCCCAACCCCAAUGACAAGACGACCCUCCCUCCAACCACACGGCGCCCCGGGGGGUUCAAGCAGCCGUGCAACUCGAUUGAGGAAAACAGGGCAGCCUGCCUCAACGAGGGCAAGUGUUUCACGCUCGAGCUCAUGGGAGAGCGCUCGGCCCACUGCCAGUAAGUCGUGCAGAGAGAGAGCAGGACGAGAUGCAAUGGCGGAUCCAGGAGAUGAUAUGCUGGGUUUUGUUUGUUUGUCUGGUUUUUUGGUUUUUGCUUUUUUUUGGUGGGGGGUGGGGUUGUUAGGGCAGAAACUUGACAUGGUUUGUGGAGGGGCUUUAGGGUACAUUGCAAUACAUUGAAGUACUUGGGCUUUUUUUCCUUUUCUUUUAUUCUUAUAAAUUCUAUAGGUAUUUAAUUUUUCAAAACACGACCCGGUGGGGGAGGGGGGGGGGUAAAGGGGUAGUGGGGAAGGGCGCAAUAUUCCCUGGAAAUAUAAAUAACUUUUUUUUUCAUUUACACCAGUAAAACAAUUUGAAGAUGCUCAUAAAAAAAUAAAAAAUUGUUGGUGUUGGAGUAAACUGUUUGAAUAUUUUUAAAUACAUUUUUUUUUUCCUCUAAGAUAGUAGCUUUUACUGCACUCAUCAACGCUAUUCGGAGCGAUAAGAAUGUCUAGUUGAAAAGAAAUAUUCAUUUUUGCUAAUUAAUCGAGCCCUCUUCUUUGAUGAUUAUAUAGCAUGAUGAUAAUGGUAUUCUCACUUUUCAGACAAUGUUUAACAGUGGUUCCCAACCUUUUUUUUUUUUAAUCGCUGAGCCCCUUUUUAGAACCAAUUCCUAUAGGAGGACUCUUAUGCCUACCCUGUACCUUACUAGUUAAGAGUGUUUAGGAGUUUUCUGGAGCCCCUGAGAGGAGCACUAUGGGCUCCGUGGAGCACAGGCUAGAAACCACUGAUAUAUAUAUAUAUAUAUAUAUAUAUAUGGAGAGAGAGAGAGAGAGAGAGAGAGAGAGAGAAUUAUCACAGACACACGCUCAUUGCAUAAAGAAAUUGUCACUAUAAUAUAAUGUCACUAACAGUUGCCUUAUUAAGAGUGUUUAGGAGUUUUCUGGAGCCCCUGAGAGGAGCACUAUGGGCGCCGUGGAGCACAGGCUAGAAACCACUGAUAUAUAUAUAUAUAUAUAUAUAUAUAUAUGGAGAGAGAGAGAGAGAGAGAGAGAGAGAGAGAAUUAUCACCGACAAACGCUCAUUGCAUAAAGAAAUUGUCACUAUAAUAUAAUGUCACUAACAGUUGCCUUAUUACGUUCCCAGUUGCCCAGAGAUGUACAAGGGACAUCGCUGUGAGGUCAUUGACAGCGACAUCUACGGUAAUCUUCCUUCUUUCUCCCUUCAUUAUCACACAUUCAUUGACUUCUCUUUUUUUUUUUUUUUGGAAAUAAUCUAAUGUGAAUAUUUUGAACCUGGCCGGAAUUUCCCGGAAAUCGGAGACUAAUAGUUUGAACAUGAGCGGGGUAGUGANUUUUCCUGGACCCCCACCCCCCCCCCCCUCAAAACCCAUCUUCUACUGCCUCGUUAGGUGGAAGACGUUGAGUUGAAAUAUUUCAGACAUUUAUAUUCCUAUUGACUGAUGCUGUCGGAUUACUAUCGCAUUCGUGAGAACUCUUGAAAUUUAAUGGAAGGAAGGAAAAGUUUGGAUUGCGUCGCCCAGUGGUCGGCAAACUCAAUAGCCCAGUAGUUGGCAAACUCAAUAGCCCAGUGGUCGGCAAACUCAAUAGCCCAGUGGUCGGCAAACUCAAUAGCCCAGUGGUCGGAAAACUCAAUAGCCCAGUGGUCGGCAAACUCAAUAGCCCAGUGGUCGGAAAACUCAAUAGCCCAGUGGUCGGCAAACUCAAUGGCCCAGUGGUCAGAAAACUCAAUAACCCAGUGGUCGGAAAACUCAAUAACCCAGUGGUCGGCAAAAUUAAUAGCCCAGUGGUUGGCAAACUUAAUAGCCCAGUGGUCGGCAAACUCAAUAGUCAAAAGAGCCAAAAAAUGAGCAACAUGACGACUAAAAAUUUUUGAGAGCCAAAUUUCAAGAACCUGUCAAGAACCAUGUUUUUCGGAGUCAAAACCGAUCUGCGGCCGACUGGCCGAGCCGCACUCAGGUCGUUAAAGAGCCGUAUGCCUUCUCGAGAGCCACGAUAUGCCGACCACUGGCGUUGCCGACCACUGGCGUUUCCCACCACUGGCGUUGCCGACCAUUGGCGUUUCCGACCACUGGCGUUGCCGACCACUGGCGUUGACGACCCCUGGCGUUUCCGACCACUGGCGUUGCCGACCACUGGCGUUGCCGACCACUGGCGUUGCCGACCCCUGGCGUUCCCGACCACGGGCGUUGCCGACCACUGGCGUUGCCGACCACUGGCGUUUCCCACCACUGGCGUUGCCGACCAUUGGCGUUUCCGACCACUGGCGUUGCCGACCACUGGCGUUGCCGACCCCUGGCGUUUCCGACCACUGGCGUUGCCGACCACUGGCGUUGCCGACCACUGGCGUUGCCGACCCCUGGCGUUCCCGACCACUGGCGUUGCCGACCACUGGCGUUGCCGACCACUGGCGUUCCCGACCACUGGCGUAGCCUAUGUUUAAAGAACAGAUCGCGCAAACGGAACGGAGGCGAGGAAAUGAGGGGAAGGAAAUAAACGCAGGGGCCCAAGCAAUGCGCCGAGUUUUAACUGGAAGAAAGUCAUGGAGUGGUUUAGUUCACAGAGGUUCAGGGGCGAAGGUUAAUAAUCUUAAUGAAGAUCAAACAGAUGUUAUCAUUGUAAUAAGAGGACUCAUAAUUUUGCCGCCGCCCAAUAUAUUUUUUAAAAAAAUAGAAAUGUCAACUUUCACCUCGAAAAUUCCAAAUUCCUAAAAAAAAAAAAAAAAUUCUAUCUAAUGUGUGUGUUACCAUACCCUUCAUUUAUCACUUCACUAUGUGUCCCCCGCAUACUGAUGUCUUUUCCUACGUUUUACAUCAAAACAUGAAUCAUUUCAACCAUAUGAAUCAACAAUAAUCACGCAUAUUUAUUUUCCCAUCUUCGCAUCAAUUGCAGACAAGGGUAAGAAAGCAAUUUUGUUCCCUUGAUAAUGAAUGUGGCUUCUCGCCCUUAAACGUCUCACAGUCACCUCCCCUUCCCUUUUACGACAUCGUCGCUGUGGUCACCUGCCAAUUUUUAUGUCCCAUCAUUCACGUUCCCACUUGCCAGUGUGAAUUAGAAUAGGUUAUAGCUUUAGAAAGAAAAAAGAAAACUUUAACAUCUGUGGUGUCUGCCUUGUGAUGUCAAAGCGUGUGUUGGAGUGACCCCCCACUCACUUCUUAAAGACAGGCCUGUCCUAAGAUCCUAUUUUUAGCCAAACCUUGACCAAUCGGUAACUGCAUGUUUUCACCCUCGCUUUAGUUUAUAGUGGUCAAAAACCUUUCAAGCGGUGCUUCUCAAUUUCGGGCUAUCUCCUCUCUCGAAAGAGGGUGAUAAAUGAAGAACUGCGUUCAAGCCGUGUGAAGGAUUUUGGGAGUUAACCCCCGGGGCGGCUAAUAGUCAAGGUUCAGCCCCGGAGCUAUUGUCGUAGUUUGGUAUUAUCAUAACAAUAGUCCCAACAAUAAAAAAAAAAAGGCAGACUGCGCUGUGCAGGACAUAUUUGAAAGGAUGCCGGAAUGUAGAGCUGCAAAAGUGAUAUACACGCAGAAACCUUGGGCAGACGACUCACCGGUCGCCCAAGACUGAGAAUGUGGUGGAGCAGGCCAGGGUCCUCCAUGGGCUGUUGCGCCACUGAUGAUGAUGGUGAUGUAAUUUAAAUCAAGCUAAGCCGAUCAAUGUCCAUGAAGCGUGGGUUCUAUUGCUCAAAUGGGCGUCUGUUGGCUGCAACUCUGAGACAAAAAAAAUGGACACUCUGAAACCUGCUCUUGCAUUUUAAAACAAUAACUAGUUGUUCAAUGUUUUCAUAAGCUUUAUUUUUCUGAGGAGUGCUCGUUUCGAUUUCAAAGUCUUUACAUAGUUUCACUGCAGGAAGUCAUUGGCUCCACCUUGGCAUUGUUAACAGUAUGUCCCUGUUAAAUUUGUCAAUGCCACAAUCAAGGUAGAGCUGCACAAAAAAUUAUGUUUCUAAUUUUAUGAUGUAUAGAGACGCCGUUAACGUCAGUGGCAACGAAAACCGUGGUGAAAACCGGGGCUGCCCAGCCUCAGCCAGAUGUACUAGUAACAUAUCUGGGAAUUAAAAACUGGUUGGCGGACCAAAAAUGGUACAGGCAGAGGGCAGACAAAACGACAGCCAGAGGUUUAUUCGCUAACUUGCCGGCUCCUGGCAGACAAGACCCAUGGCGGGGGUUAGGUCGCAUGCAGCAGAGUCUAGUGACACAGAUGCGCACUGAGCACUGAGCACUGCUCCAUCUGCACAUACUUCAACAGGCCAAAUAAUAACAGAGACCCUACCUGCCGGCAUUGCAGCCUGGUCCCAGAAACACUAGCUCAUCUGUUGACCGAAUGUCCCUCACUAGACGUUCCGGGAGAAGUCAGGUGAGGAAAAUGCUGUAUGGCUCAUCUCAACAGAAGGAGCUGGUAGCCAAUGUGCUAGCCGGGGUCAUAAGAGAAUAAUCUCAGAGACUCACCAGAAUAGGUGUCUUAGUUAGAGGCAUCGUUUCUUUACUCUAAUAUUAUAAGAUAAGAUAAGAUUAUUUUAUUAAUGCAAAUAAACAUAUUUUUAUUCCAAGCUACAUAUUUAUUAUUAGCACAUACAUAAACACAUAUUUUAACCAAGUCAACAUUUUACAAUUAUUAGUUAAACACAUGACAUCUAAAAUUUUCUGUAGUGUAGAAAUCAGCCAUCAUUGAACUCCUUUAGAACAAUAAUGACUUAAUUAGUGAUCUUUUAGAUUGGGUAACUGAUGGGGGAACACGUUGGUAAAUUCGUACAGACUGGGGAACAAACUAAUUUUUAAUAUCUUUUGGUCCUAACUUUAAGAGAAAUAAUUCGCCCUGAUCGAGCUGAUCUUAGGUAUAUGUGAUGAAGAGGGUGGCAUGUGUCAUCAAAAAAAAAAAAAAAAAAGUUUUACGACAGCAUUUUAAUGAAACAAACUAAUUUUUAAUAUCUUUUGGUCCUAACUUUAAGAGAAAUAAUUCGCCCUGAUCGAGCUGAUCUUAGGUAUAUGUGAUGAAGAGGGUGGCAUGUGUCAUCAAAAAAAAAAAAAAAAAGUUUUACGACAGCAUUUUAAUGUUGUUCCAUGAAGACAUUAAUAAGGCAGUGCCACAGGUUUCCGAUACCACAGAUCGUGUUAUUAUUUUAGUUUACAUAUGUACUUUUCCAAGUGAUAUGACCAGAGAAUCUUGAAGCGCCCUUCAUGACACUCCCAAACCCUCGAGUGUGAAAAUCCAACAUGAGCUUUAUAUUACCUCACUCCUAAAAUUUUACGUCUCUCCCAAAUGUUUAUGUCAAACUUAAUUAUAAAGGACCAUCGAUUAAUCACGCUCACACGAAUGCGGAUAAAGAGGUAGUGGUGGUCGGAAUAUUGAAAUUAUGAAAUCUAUAAAUAGGCUAAUUAUUUAAUUUAUUUAAUUAAUCUUAAAUUUUUUGCAAAAAAUAUUCUAAAUAUCACCGCAAUGUUUCUUGAUUAUCGUUCUGCUGUUGCUUGUUUGUUUUCACAAAUGAACUUGUUAGAUAUCGCUCUUAUUGUGCAUUACAAUUCAUAAGUUAUUACUUUCUUCUAAAUUGUAAAUCGCUUCUAAAUCAUUAGGCACUCCUUAAUUAUUACAUCACUCCUGAAUUUGUUACGUCACUUUUAAUUACUCAUCCGAUUUUCGUAGAAGAGACUUAUUACUUAUUGUUGUCUCGUUUAAAGUUUGACUUUUUUAUUCACAUGUUUUGUUGCUUUGAUACAUGUUAAACGAUUCAGUUACUAAAAGACAAUUUAAGUACGGUAAUUAUUUCUUGAAUUGAGUAUUUUUCUCCAAAUUUGCUUUUGAUGUUUAGCAUAGAUUAGUGCAUUAACUUAUAGAACUAAUUACUAAAUAUGAGUGAAUUGUCGAGUGGUGCUGGUAGUGUUGGCUUAUUUGUGUUUUAAUUGAUUGACCUACAUUCUAGUGAAGACGAUAUUAAAUAGUGUAGCAAAACUACUGUAAGACCAUUUUUCAAGAGAACUAAUAUAUAUAUAUAAUAUAUAUAUAUAUAUAUAUAUAUAUAUAUAUAUAUAUAUAUAUAUAUAUUAUAUAUAUAUAUAUAUAUAUAUAUAUAUAUAUAUAUAUAUAUAUAUAUAUAUAUAUAUAUAUAUAUAUAUACUUAUUUAUAAAGGGCUUCUUAGGCUCGCGUAAUGUCAAUAGAACCCAAUUAAUGAAUGUCAUAAUCAAACAAUUUUGGGAAUUUCUAUUUUUCGUUCAUCUGAUACUGAAGUUUCGUUUGUUGAGAUAUUCUUGGUUACUCAUAAUCCUGCUGUAGGAAACUUCUUUUUUUUUUUUGUUCAAUAGUUUUACUGCUGAAGUACUGUGUGAUUCUUAUUCAGCCUAUUCUAUCCCUCCAUGUGACGCUACAGCCCAUAUAGGGCUGCCACUUGGAUUCCCAGCUGCUGUAGAUCUUUUUCCACAGUAUAAUCCAAUAAUCAUAUCCAUAUCCAGGCAUAGGUUGAUUUCCAUUGGUAUAAGUCCGGGUUUUAUUCUGUUGAUUCCUAUUUUAGCAUAGGUUAAAUAGAUCCUAGAUGGCAUUACGCAAUCAUUCGUUGUAUGCCUAAAGGCUAAGGUUAUGUUUAGAGUGCGGCUUGGGUGGGUUUGAGAGUACAGUGAGUAAAUUAACUUUAUUUUUAGAAUACAGCUUACCGUAGAUUUAUAGGCCUGGAUUUGGAAAGUUUUGACAGUUUCCAUUUACUUUAGGAAAACGUAAUCCAUAUGUUGAUUGGCAAUUCUAGUUUUGGAAUUCUUGAAACUUUCAUAAUAGGAAUUUCAAACCCCGAUGAAUACUUAUACUUAUGCAUAGAGGAAUUAAGACAUCAGGCCCUAGAUAGAGCUAGAUAAAAAUAAUAUGUAUGAUGUUCCUAUAGUCGAAAGCCUAUAUGCCUAUAAUAUAGAAUAGAUCGAUGAAGAACGUUAUACUUGUAGCCGUGAAAUGAUUUAAUGCGUUUGGGAAACACCACAUUUUCACAACUCUUUUCAUUUAGUCAUUUCUUUCAGAAUUUUUUCCAGUCUAGUCUGACCAUUUCAAUUUUUUUUUAAAAUAAGUGUACUUUUAAUGUUACAAAACAAAAGGUUCUAUAUAAUUUAAGUUUGAGUAUUUAAUAACAUUUUCUAAUAUACCCUUUCAGUGUUCUCUGCGGACAAAGUUGAAAAAGCAGGUAUCGCUGCUGGAGUUGUUGCCAUUAUUAUCAUCAUCACAGUCAUCAUUGUGUAUCUCGUCAUUAAAAAAAGGUAAGUCAAAUAGACAAUGGCUAAAAUUAUUACCAAACAACGUUACCGUUGUAAGGGGACUUGAUGUCCGAUGAGAGAAAUUUGAAUCUGCGCCCCUUCUGGUGGUGACGCUCCUUCUGGUGGUAGCGCCCCUUCUCGUGGUGGCGCCCCUCUGGUGGUGACGCUCCUUCUGGUGGUAGCGCCCCUUCUCGUGGUGGCGCCCCUCUGGUGGUGGCGCCCUACUGGUCGUGGCGCAAUUAGGGCUUUCAUUGUGCCUCUAGGCAUUUGUGCUUCAUUUUUUGGAUUAGCACCUGGCACUCCCCUUGCAGCAAUAUUUUUCAUUAACUUAAAUUGGUAGAAAUAUUUUUGUAAAGCCGUUUGCCACACAAGAGAUAUUUAUAUAAUGGUAGCACACAUUGGUUAAUCUUACAUUUUAUUUAGAAUAUUAAAAUGAUUUCUUUAUCAUGUCAUUAUUUAAUAUUGCCCUGCUUUAAGGCGAGAGUUUGUCAAACUCCAGAGCACUAUGCAGGAGGCCCUUGUUUGAUAUGUCGCAAAUAUUAUUGAAAUAAAUUUUAUUUAUUAUUCUCUUAAUAAUCUGUUCUUACCAACAACAACUGGAGAAAAUACCCCUUUAAAAUGUGUAGGCCCACAGGAAAGAAGUUUUCCUUUAAUGCUGUUAUAAUUCCAAUUAUCCUUUUCUAGAAAGAAAAGAAGAAAGAGAUCAGCAGAAAAUGGAGACGCUAAUGGACACGCAGGCAAACUGUUGGCAAAUGAUCCAGAUAACAAAGGGGUAAAUUAUAAUGAUAUUGAAAUGGGAGAGUGGAAGAAAAAGUGCUUAAGUAGGCCUUCAACAGAGAUUUAGAGGACCAGUUUUCAUUGCUUGAAAGGUAGAACCAAAAAAUAUGUCUUUUGAACAUUUUAUUAUGGGAGUUGUUGUUUUGUUAACAUUUCAAGUAACCAAAUUAACUACACUACUUUGGAUUCUCGGUUUAUAUUUUCCUAGAGCCAGUUAUGAAAUGUUGUUGGGUACUUUUUAUUAAAAUUAAUUCCAUUUUAUUGCAAAAAAAAAUAUUUUAUUGUGAAAGUGAUUUUGGCACUGUGCCUAAGAAAGUUUAAAAUUGUUCUAUAGUGACAUAUUUUAAAGAGUCGAUGGAUAUACUUAAAGAUGAGGGUAUUCUAACUUAAAUUAUUGUUAUUUGAAAUAGGUGGUUAGUCAAAUUAUUAUUAUUUUUUUUUUUUUAAUUCAGCAAAACACAGAUCUGGAAGAGGCAAUGACACUUACCACAAAAGUAUGACUAUAGUGAAAAAUUUGAUGGAACUAUUUUUGGAAAUCUGCUUCAUGAGUGUAACCCUUAAGGUCAGAGUACUCUGCCUAAGGGACCCAACACUUUAUUUAUAAAGUUAUCUGGUGAUUGUGAUGUGACUUUAAGCAAUUUUUAUUGAGAUUAUGACAAGGAAUAACCUAUCAAUAGCAUUUAAAUAAAGAUUAGGAAAUUUCAAGAAUUUUGAUAAAUGUUUAUCACCCUUGUAAUAGGUAGCAUAAAGUUUGUCCCCUACCCUGUUGUAAAUACCAGUGAAUGCAUAAAAAGUUUUGCAAUGUUAUUUGCUGUCCUGAAAGGCAAGUAAAAACUAAAUUAUCAGCAUCCUCAUAAUCAUAACAAAAACUAUUUAGAAAAUGAGUGUAGGUAAAGUAAAAAAGGAUCAAACAGAUGUUGAAAGUAGAACUACUAAAAUAAUUGGAAGCCCUACAUGAAUAACUAUUUUCCUUUGAAUGUAGUCACACUAGUUUUUGGUGUUGAGGACACAUCACUAACUGUAUUGAUAUUUCCAUGAGCAGUACUGCAGUAGCACUCCAAAUUAUUGUAUUUGGACCAGAGUAAUGUUGCUGAAUUGCCAUUCUACUAUAUUUUGUCAACUUUAAUUUUGUUUUAAAGUUUAUUCAGUUAAAUUUUAUCCCAUGCAUAAAAUUUAACCUGACCACCACAAAAAAAAAAGUUUUAAAGGAAAAUCGAACAUUAAACUGUGUUGCAGUAUCAAAUAUCCAAAGCAAAUGAGGAAUAGCAGCUAACUUUGUUUUAUCAGUUCACCCAAGGAACAUAAAUUCACUCACAUACUUUUUUACUAAAAUGUCGGAAAAAUAGACGUGAAGAUUUAGUGAUAAACUAACUCACGUUUGCUGUAAAAUCAAAACUCUUUGACGCUGCAUCUGUAUCACCAAAGAACAAGAACGAAUGUUGUUGUUUCCAUGGUUCCAUGUGUUUCCUAUAAACUAAUUGUUGUUCAUUUGGAGACAAACAGUCAUGUACAGUGUGGAGUCCUAACUUUUAAAUGAGGAGUCUUCUUUUCCACAAUUCUGUGAUUUCCAUAAGAAGAGAUUGCCAGAUUAUAGGGAGGAAAUUGCAGAAGAUUUCUGAGCUGUGUGUUAUAUUGUUGCAGUUGACUCAGUAUGAGAAAGAACAAUCCUCCCUAGAUGAGAUAAUGAGGAAUAAUAGAGCAGAACUCCUUCAACUUGAAUUUCACAUUUAUGUUAUUUCAACAAUAUGCAUGGAUAUAAUGUAUUAUCUCUAGUAAUUUUAUUGAUGUAUUUCAUUAUUAUUUUAUUUUUGAUUGCUGUAAUGUUGAACAAUGAUUAAUGAUAAAUGUCAAUUUAGCUGUGAGAGUUGGUUUUCUUAAAUAAUUUGUAUGUAUGAAUGUAUAAUUUUGGUGCCAUAGAUUUGAAUGAUUUCAAAAUUAGUUACCAAACUGAACUGAGCUACAGUACUGUGUCAUUUAUGAAAUAAUAUAAUACACAUCAAUUAAUCAGUCACAUAAUGAUGUGCGAUGAUCAUGUGGAAUAUUUCUGCAACUAUGAAAACAUAUGAAUGUGACAUGAUGAAAGAAAUAAAAAAAAUUAUUAUUCACAUUUAAUAACACUGGACACUUAUUGUUUUAUUUUUUUUAAAUAAAGGAAUCUCUUCAUCUCUAGUUUUAAAUUAACAACAUUUUUGUAUUAAUUUAAUUUUUUCAUCCAGGAAAAUAAAUGUUGUCAUCUUAAAAUUAUAAAAGUUGUUCCCUUUCAUAAACAUUAAUUAAAAGUGGAUUGCAGUUAUUUAUUUAGAUUUUUCUGUCAGUUAUCUUCAAAUGGAAUGUUAUAUUCAUUAAAUUUACUUGAUUAUACGAUCGCUGAUAAACUAAACAAAAACAGCUUAAAUAUAAAAUUUGAAAACAUUUUAAACUAUGCAAAUCUUUUGUCACAAUAAGAACAUAGUAAGCACUGAAUUAAUUUCUGCACAGAAGAUAAAUAAUUGUACAUAUUUAAAUUUUGCCUUUGUUUUAAACAAUAAUUAAAAUGCUUUUGUCAUAUGUACCAUUUUUUGUGUAGAUAUGAAAUUUUAAGAAAAUAAAAUGAUUUUAAAAAUUUCUGGCUGUGUUCUUCUAAUGUUUUUAAUAAUAAAUUCUGAAUUUGACUUCGUUAUAAAAUAAUUUUAUAAAAAUGUCUUUUGGUAACUAAACACAGGCUGGCUGGCCAAUACAACUAAAAUAUUUAGAACCAAACUGUUCAAAAAUCUAUUUAAUAAAUUGUUUUUAUUUUUCUUUAUCUAAUUGGUUUUAAAAUAUAUUUCUAAAAUGAAUUUUUUUUAAAUAAUAUGUAUGUACAUAAAUAUUUAGUCUGUGUUUAAUUCAAUUUAUAUUAUAACAUAUCUUUUAGUAAUGCUGCUUUCUAAUCAGCUUUAUCAUUGCCAACAUAUAGUUCAUGUUACUGAUCAGUAUCUUAUUGUUACAAUAUUACUAGACCACAGUUAACAAUAUCAAAAGGCAAUCUUUAGCCAUUUGAAAGUAUUUUUUUUAUAGAGAUCUAGUUUCUGCAUGAACAUAAAAUAGAUUGUUUCAUGUCUAUCUUGCUUUGAAACUUUAAAGCUAUGAGUUUAAAUAAUGUUUUUAUUGAUCUGCACCUCAAAAUUGCUACUAAUUCCAUAUUGUUUUUUUAAAUUAUAUAUUAAGAUAUUCUUUAUAGUCUAUGCUGAAUUAUGCAUAAGUAUUUCAUUUAUAAUUUUAAAGAGAAGUAGCUAAAAACUUCUUUCAUAAUUUGGUGAUAAUGGUGUGAGACAAAAGGCCUAUUUGAAAGUAUUUGUGAUUUUAUUAGUUACCACUGCCUACACAAAUAUUUUUUAAGAAAACUUCACAUAUCUGUGGGGUUUUUUUUAUUAUUUCAUUGUUAUUAAUUUAUUGUUAUUUUACCCUUGCAAUAUAUAAUUUAAUACAAGUCAAAGACUAGAUGGAGGUUGUUUUUUUUUUAAUAUAUUGUUAGAAAACCUGGCACUCUACUUAAAUGUAGGCUCUGUUUUUUUAGUCCUCUCUAGUUGUAUUUUAUUUCUCUAACCUUAUCUUUCACAUUAUGAUCCUAUAUAGUCAUUUUUUAUUUGAAGACUGAAUGUCACUGAAUUAGCACCUCCAAUGAAAUCAUUACUGAUCAGUUGCCCAUUUUUAUUUCAUUGGGAGUUCAUUCAUUUGUGUCUCUUUAAUCUAAAAUAUGGAAAUCUGGGGAGAGAUAAGAAGGAAAAAAAAAAAAGGAGGUGGGGUGGCACCCCCUAAAUGGGCAUAUCCUGCUCUCCUGACUUUUUAAAUUAAAAUUAUUUAAAUAUAUAUUUAUAAAAGAUAAGCACUGUAUCAAGGGACACAACUCAACACCAAAAUAAUUAUAAAAAGAAAACUGACUCUUCAUCAAGCUUCCUUUUAUUUGUAAGAGAUGUCCGCUUUGUAUAUUUAAUAAACAACAUUUUUUUUAUUAAUAGAGAGGUUAAAGCUGGGUUGUUUUUUUUUAAAUUUUAGAAUUAUAACGGCUGGGUGGGGGUGGGGGGAGGAGAGCUUCCAUACGCCAACGUGCAUACAAUUUUAUUGAUUUGUUAGCUAAACACUUUCAUGGGCAAAUGGGUAGGCAAAUCAAUUCAUCAUAGAGGUUCAAUAUGAAGGCCUAUAUUACGUCAUACUUAUUUCUUUGUCAACGAGCAACAUCUAUAAUAACUAAAAAGAACCACAAUAUAGGCCUCUACAGAAUAAUUAUGUUCUACCACACAAAAAGACUAGGGGAUUAUGGACACAGUUAAAUGUACGGGAUACACCAAUGUCCAAUAUUAAAACAUCUGGGUGAGUACCAAUGUCCAACACUAAGUACCACUGAGUAGUACCAAUUCAACGCUUCAUUCGAAACUUUUAAUCAGUUUUUCUUAAGGUGGGGCACGAAAAUUUUGAAGGGAAAAAAAACAAACUUUAUGCAAAUGAAAAUUGAAGUGAGUUUCUUAUUAAUGACAGCGCAAGGGGUCACUGAGCUAAAUAAUAUUUGAAAAUGGGUCAUGGGCCAAAAAAAAAAAAUUGUCGACAAACACUGAUUGAACGAAAUGAUAAUUGUAGCCUAACAAUAAAAUCAUUUAUAUAAUGGUCUAGCGAUAAUGAUGUUGAACAACAAACUGAAAUAGGGUACAUCGCAUUUAUCGUACAUGUUUUAUUAGUUUUAGUCUUAGUCUACCGUCUUUAUUUAUUUUAACAUCAGAUUCUGUGCUGAAUGUUCUCUUCAUUAUUUAUUAUACAUUUCUAAUUUUCCGGUAUUGUUGCAUUGCAGUUGAUUAAAUAAUUA